AUGCGCCUGCGGACGUCUUUAGCCAUUUUUUCAAGAGCUUCAUUUGUUUCAAACUCUCCCUCCGUUGCAUUUCCUUUUUUCUCUGUCUUUCCCCCCUCAAAGAGGCUUAAGCGGGCGGUCUUUCGCCUCGCUCUUCACCAGCUGGCUCAGAGCCGGGAAGCGUGCACAGCAAGCAGCGCCGCUGGCUGUUUCCCGCUGGUGCGCAGACACCACCGACAGCAAAAGUUUGCUGGUUCUGAGCUGCAGCAGCGCUGCAGCUCAGCAGCAGCAAGCGUUUGCUUUGAUUCUGCUGCAGCAGACACAAAAGCGGCGCUGCUGAAGCUCAUAGAAAAGAGUCAACAUGAGGAGACAGCUGAGAAGUGGAAGCCCUGGAAUGCAAGCAUCCGUGCUGCACUUGCUGCUGUGAUUUCGGCCAACACUGCAGCAGCAGCAGCAGCAACGGCGGCAGCAGCAGCGGACGCAACUAGCGUGCCUUCGCGCCACCCGGCAGCAAAGCUGAACGGGCAAACUUGUGAAAAGCAGCAGCAGCAGCAGCAGCCAAUUCAACUUCUUGAGCAGCUUGUUGCAGCAGCUUGGGGACUCAGCUCAGCUCGAGUGCCAUUUCUGCUGCUGGACAGGCAGCAGUGGCGCUUACGCGCAGCGCAUCUGCAGCAGCAGCAGCAGCAGCAGGGAUCGCCUAUUCUGCUUCCCCUUGUGGUUUCUCCGGAGACAUUUGUUUCUGCUCUGCAGUCCACAACGUUGUCUGCUGCUGCUGCUGCUGCUGCUGCCCCUGCUUCUUUUGUUUCACUGCUGCUGCUGAGCUGUCGAGACACCCCGGAUACCCCACAGGUGCUGCUGCGGCUGCAGACGGGAACGCCGCGCCAGCUGCUGUUCUUUGUGCAGCGGCUGCAGCAGCAGCAGCAGCAGCAGCAAGGAGAUAGCAGCAAAGAAAACGAAGCGCGCAUUGCGGUGGCCCUGCUGCACUCAAUCGCUGCCGCUGACCUUGCUGCUGCGUCUGCUGGUGCUGCUGCUGCAGCAACUGCUGCUGGUGCUGCUGCUUCUGCUGCAGCAGAGGGAAGCACUGCAUCUACAGAUACGGCAGAAUGCAAUGAUUUGAGAGAUUUGCUGCUGCUGCUGCUGCAGCACUCUGUGGGGCGGCUUGUCGAUGCAGCGCAGCAGCUGCCCCCCGAGCUGCUGCUGCAUGCAAUUGGGGCUUCGAUACACCUGAGCAGCAGAAGGCCCCGCAUGCUGCUGCAGCAUUUUAGUGUGGAGCCGCUGCUGCUGCAGCUGCUGCAGGCAGCAAGCCCAGUGCUGCUGCAGCACCAACGCAACCUAGACGAGCUCUUCGCAGACGACACCAAUGACAACAGCACCAGCAGCAGCAGCAGCAGCAGCAGCAGCAGCAUGGAGGGCGUAAGGGCCGCAAGGACUGCGGAGUUUCCCUUGAGAGCUGCUGCAUUUGUGCUGCCGCUGCUGGGCUGGCUGCAGCGCAGGGGCUCUGCUGCUUUGCAUAACUAUAUUUCUGAAGUUCUUGCUGCUGUUGCAGAUUGCGUUGGAGAAAGAAUUCAAGAAUUAGAUGCAGUGGAAGCAGCAAACUUGAUUUUUGCUGCUGCUGCUGCUCAGCAGCCUCUUGCGGCCUGGCAAGAAUAUCUGCUGUUCAUGGCUGCCCGGCACAUCCUGCGGGUGCCGCUGGAGGCGGAGCUGGGGGCUCGCGUUCUGUGUGCGCUUUCUGACGUUGGUUUGGAGGAUCAUUCGUUUUACUUUUCUCUUCUCGAGAAACUGAGACCUGAAAUUAAUAACUUGCCGCUUGAUGUUCUUUGCGCUGUCCUCCGCGCCUGUGCAAAAGUUAGGAUCCGAGAUAUUCAGUUUCUUUCCGGGGCUCUCCACCGCCUGGAAAGCUCAAGGCAGAGCCUGCGGCCAACUUUGGCGGCUCAGGCGCUGGAAGCUGCAGGCGAUCUGGACAUGAAGGGAGAGGCCUACGAGGGCCUGUGGCGUUGCUGCUGCAGCGCGCUGCAGCAGCAGCAGCUGCUGCACGCCUCCUUGCUGCCCGCUGCGCUGCUGCUGCUGCAGAGUCCUGCGUUCAUUCAACGCCUGCUUUCGGCGUGGACUAGGGCCUUUGUCUCUAAAAGUGGAAAGAUAAACAAAUAUGUUAAAUCGCACAUCAUCAAGAAACAUAGACUAAUGCUCACUGCAGACCUCGCGGGUCUCGUGAGCCUCCCCUUGCGUCUUUGCCAAGCCAUAUAUGAAUGGGAAGACAAUGCCGGAAACAAAGCAAAACCCUCCAGCCCCUCUAGCAGCAGUUUUCAUUUGGAGGUGGCGGCGGCCUUGCCAGAACUUGAAUUUCAGAAAGAAGCCCGCGCAGGCCCCUUCCUAGUUGACCUUUUGAUAGAGAUGAAUGCGGAAAAUGGACAGACAAAAGAAAAUAUGAAUGAAAUAAACAAAGAACAAGCAUUUCACAACGAAAUAAAUCACAACAGAAGCGCCAGAAACGCCAAUCAGGCGGCAGAUGCUAGCAGACCCCCUGGUGUGCCUCAGAAAGAUGCACCGAGUGCUUACGACGCAGAACACCCACUACACAAUUUUGAUUGUGAAGUAAAACGAAAAAAGUCCAGAAAAACAGAAACUGUGCCGCCGCUGCACCAAACGGGCCAUGUUCCCAAGCAGCCGUGGGUCUCAUCAAGGAGAGCAGAAAGGGAAAUUCGCUUUUCUGUAGACUGA